CUUCAGAAAAUUUGAUUAAACCAUAUAAAGCUGGUAUAGAAUCUCAAGCAGAAAUGCAGGUGAUCUAACUGUUUUGUCUGCUCACAGUUUUAAAGAGGAGAAUACAAAAAUAUUAAGGAUAUUUUUGUGUAGAAAAAGUUGGCAGGAAGAGAGAAAGGUAAAAGGAAAUGCAGAGGAAAUGCAUAAAGGCCACAGUGCGAAACUGGAAGAAGCUACAAAUGCAUUGGACUUCUCAGGAUUACAUCAGCUUAGUAGCAGUGGGAUUCUUUAUUAGAGAAAUGUUGUUUUUGGAAUCUUAGAAUGUAGAGAGUAAAUCUCUUAAUUCUUCUAGGUCAUCUCCCUGUUCACUGCAGGUUCCUUAUUUUUGUAUAAAGAGCAAGAGAAGUCAACCUGCUGAGAUUAUGGCACUGAAACAGAUUUCCAGCAACAAAUGCUUUGAGGGUUUCCAGAAGGUGUUUGAACAUGACAGUAUAGAGUUAAAAUGCAAAAUGAGGUUUGGAAUCUAUUUGCCACCAAAAGCAGAAAUUGGAAAGUGUCCUGUGCUGUACUGGCUCUCAGGAUUAACUUGCACAGAACAAAACUUUAUUACCAAAUCUGGUUUUCAUCAAGUUGCAUCUGAACAUGGCCUCAUUGUAGUUGCACCAGAUACCAGCCCACGUGGCUGCAAUAUUGAAGGAGAAGAUGAGAGCUGGGAUUUUGGUACAGGUGCUGGUUUUUAUGUAGACGCCACUGAAGAACCAUGGAAAACCAACUAUAGAAUGUACUCGUACAUAAAGGAUGAGCUGCCUAAAUUAAUAAAAGCCAAUUUUCCAGCUGACUCAGAAAGGAUGUCUAUUUUUGGGCACUCAAUGGGGGGCCAUGGUGCUCUUAUCCUUGCUUUGAAGAAUCCUGGAAAAUAUAAAUCUGUAUCAGCAUUUGCUCCUAUCUGCAACCCAGUUCAGUGUCCCUGGGGGAAGAAAGCGUUUGGUGGAUAUCUGGGAUCAGAUCUAACUAAAUGGGAGGCAUAUGAUGCUACCCAUCUUGUGAAGUCUUAUCCAGAUUCCCAUCUCGACAUCUUAAUUGAUCAAGGCAAAGAUGACCAGUUCCUUUCAGCAGGGCAGUUACUGCCUGACAACUUUAUUGCUGCCUGCACAGAACGGAAAAUCCCUGUAGUCUUUAGAUUGCAACAGGGCUACGAUCACAGCUACUUCUUCAUUGCUACGUUUGUUAAUGAUCACAUCAGACACCAUGCAAAAUACCUCAAUGCUUGAACCGUAGGAGUCUCUUUUGCCCAGUACAAGUCAAUAUGUACACAAAUGUUAACAAAAAUCACUUGCUGAAUUAGUGCCUAUAAAAAUGGAGUCAUGCUGAUAGUACUGCUAAAAAAUACUUAAUUCUCUGUGUACUUCAAAAUAAAUAUUUUGAAUGUGUU